AUGAGUGAAAACGAGGUCAUGGUGUCUGUAGAAGAGCUCACCCAGAGGAAGACAAUCAAAAACAUUCCAGCUGGGCAAAGCCAUGAAGCAGCUGAUCAAAGUUCUGUGAUGGCCAUUUCGGAGACUCGGAAGAAGGUUACUACUUUCGUCAACAAUAAUGGAAUAGACGUAUGCUUAAAGUUGGACGAAAUAGAAGAAAAAUCGAGAACAGAAGUAGUACCAGAUGAUCAAAAACCAAAACCAAAACCAAAGAUACAGAAGGUGCCCGUGGCUGAUCUCCAAGGUCAUGGAGAGAUCAAUUUCAUGAACAAGUACUUUCAGCCCAAGGUGGUGUCGAUUGGCCCCAUUCAUCAUGGUAAUCCGAAGCUGGAGCAAGGGGAGAAGUACAAGACUGAGUUGACAGCCGAAUUUGCCAGAAGCAGUAAGAAAUCAAUCCACCAUUUCUUUGAUAUCAUUAAACAAAAUAUUACCAGUUUGAAGGCACUGUUCGAUGAGGAGUUGCUAAAAGACUAUGAUGAUGAUACUCUGAGCUUGAUGUUGGUCGUGGAUGGAUGUUUCAUACUUCAGUUCAUAAUCAGCUAUUGCAAAAACGAAUUGACUGAGAGGUUCAACAUUAAGGUCGAUCAUUUACUCCUCGCUCUAAAUGAUUUGUUCUUGCUUGAGAACCAAAUCCCUUUUGAAGUUCUCACGCUGUUGAUGAACAGUGCUGCUGCUGAUCCUGAUGAUGGCGGUCGUCUGAUGGAGUCGAUGAAGAUUUUGCUCGUUGAAUUCGUUAUUAAUAACGUUAUCAUGGCUCCGACCGAGUGCAAGAAUGAAAUUCAGAAGAAUAAUCGGAUCAUGAAACUCAUUGGUAUGCAGCCAGAAGCACCAGAUCAAGAUAACAAUAACAAACAAGAAUAUUUAACUCAUCUUCUUGAGCUUCUCCAAAUCGUUGCUGUAACUAAUGAUGAUGAACAAGAUAAGACUACUGCAGCUGCUCAUGCAAUAAUAAGAUCAAGAGUAGAGCAAGAUCUGGCAACACAAGUACAAGAAGGUCAUCAGAUGGUCAAACAAGUACAAGAAUAUCCUGCGAAAUCUCAAUCGGUUCGAAACAUUCAGGAACUAAAAGCGGUGGGGAUCGGUUUGAAACGAAGCAACAAACGCUGGUCCUUGAAAGAAAUAAAGUACACUGAUCUAUACAUCAUGGGAGGUUUGCUCCAACUUCCUCGCUUAGUGGUCGACCACUUUACAGGCCAUAAAUUCAUGAACUUGAUCGCUUACGAGAUGUGUCCCGACAAUUUGAGGACGGACUACGGAGUCACCUCCUACGUAUGCUUCAUGCGUUCACUCAUUGAUCAUCCCAACGAUGUCAAGGAGCUAAGGUCAAAGAAGAUUCUGGUGAGCCUUCUCGGUUGCGACGAACAAGUAACCAAACUGUUCGAUGAGAUAGUGAGUAGUACGUCUACUGAGUUGGUGCCUAACCCUAAUAUGUACAAGGAUGUCAAGGAUGGUAUACGAAGGCAAUACGAUAGGAAGUGCAUGAUGGCGUCUAUUGCCGAUGCCUACGACGCUCAUUUCAGUAGCCCUUGGAGUGCCAUGGCUUUCGUUGCUGCAGUUUUCGCACUUGCUGUGAAAAUCUGGUGUACAGUCAUCAAAGCAGAAUGA